CGCUUUGAAAUUGAUGAGUAUCGGUUGGUCUUCUGUUGGGACGCUCCUGCAGCAAUGGCUGCUAGUCGUCUACACAACUCCGCUUUCGCUCUAUUUCUUCGCAUCGCUGUCUACAAUAAGAAAAUGGAUCCAUCUCUGUUACCAAAGCAACAUUUGGAAUUCAUACGAGACCGAGGUGUAAUGCCCAGUAGGAGGCUAAUGAGUGCGAUAUCAUUUUUCAGUAAUUAUGGACAGAUAAUGGUUGAGAUAGCUAAGAAACGUGCACUUCUGGAUCCGAGCUUUUCCGGUGAUUUGCGCAGAAUAUGUGGAGAACUUGAGAAGGUAAGCUUCUUGCAUACUGAGGUGCUGUCUAAAGUGGAUACUGUCCACAGUUAG